AUGGUCGGAGGAACGGGCCAGAAGCUGGCCGAGACGACGGUGAUCUUGGCCGGUGCCGCAUCGUUGGCCGCGACGCUGAUGUCGAUCGUGUCCAUAUGGCUUCAGCUGAAAAACUACCGCAAACCGCUCCUGCAGCGAUAUGUCGUCCGUAUUCUUUUGAUGGUCCCCAUCUACUCCAUAUCGUCCUUUUCCAGCAUGAUAUCGACCACCGCCGCCCAAUUCCUCGACCCCAUCCGAGACAUCUACGAGGCCUUCACCAUCUAUACAUUCUUCCAGCUCCUUAUCAACUAUCUCGGCGGCGAGCGCUCGCUCAUCAUAAUGACCCAUGGCCGUGAACCCAUCUCCCACCUGUGGCCCUUGAACCACGUUCUCCCCCCCGUCGACAUCUCUGACCCCCACUCCUUCCUCGGCAUCAAGCGCGGCAUCCUGCAGUAUGCCUGGCUCAAACCUCUCCUGGGCAUCGCCGCCAUCGUCAUGAAGGCCACUGGCACCUACCAGGAGGGCUACAUUGGUCUCAACUCGGGCUAUUUCUGGAGCGGUAUCAUCUACAACCUCAGCGUCACCGUCAGCCUGUACUCGCUGGGUCUCUUCUGGGUCUGCAUGAACAAGGACCUGACGCCCUUCCGGCCCGUGCCCAAGUUUUUGUGUGUCAAGCUCAUCAUCUUUGCCUCGUACUGGCAGGGCUUUUUGCUUUCCAUCCUCGUGUUCCUGGGCGCCCUGCCAGACAACGUCGAGGGCUACACGCCCGACAACCUGGCCGCGGCUAUCCAGGACGCCCUGAUCUGCAUCGAGAUGCCCGGUUUUGCCGUGGCCCACUGGUACGCCUUCUCGUGGCAGGACUACGCCGACGACACCGUGUCGGCGGCCCGGCUGCCUGUCAAGUACGCCGUGCGGGACGCGUUUGGCAUCCGCGACCUCAUUGAAGACUCCAAGCUCACGUUCCGCGGCGACAACUAUGCUUACCGUGACUUUGACUCCAACGACAAGAUCAUGGCCCAUGCUGACUCGCGCUCGCGUGUCGCCCGCCUCAAGGCGGGUAUGCGCUACGAACGUGGCGGCAAGGGCAAGUACUGGAUCCCCAGUCCCAACAAGACGAACAAUGCCAACGAACCUGACCCGUACACACCGUUGCUGGGUGGAAACAAUAGCGACGGCAGCAGUGGCCGGAAGAACAGCAGCGGCCACGGCAACGGCAACGGCAACGGUGAUUAUGGAAAUGGCAAUGCCGGCCCGAGUAGGAGCAACUCGCAUUCGCAGACAACCGACGACUAUUUCGGCGAGCUGGCGCUCGACGAGGACAUGGAGGAGCUGUACGGCAAAGCUCGCAAGCUCGAGUACGGCGAUUGGAACUAUCCCGUCGUCCCGGCCAACGUCCCGUCCCGGGCUGCCCGGUGGCGAACUACAGCCUUGGGCGGUACCUACGAGCCGGUUCCCGGCUACUACUCGCCUGUGUCCCCUGUGACGCCCGAUCUGAGCGGCGGCCCGCGACGAAGCGGCACCAACGCCAGUGGUGGUGCCAGUGGUGGUGGAAGCGACCGUGAAUCUGGCCCCGGCAACAGAGGAGACGCAACCCCGGCUGCGCCAGAGGCUAUUGUCGUGUCCAAAAAGAAGAAGGGCAAGGGGAAGCAGAAGCAGUCUGGUGCCCUGCCAACGGCCGACAAGACGUCGGACAAGUCGUCGGACAAGACGGCAAGAAAGACCAAGAGCGACCCUGACGUGGUGGCGAAGCCGACGCUAAACACCAGCAGAAGCACAGAAACCACCCCAGCGCCCCCCAUCUCACCAAAAGGAGAUGUCGGAUUGGCGGGCAGUCAGGGCCCGGCCAACGACCAGAGUGCCGCCAGCGACGACAACGAGUCGCUGCGGCUGUGGCGGCGGAAUGACGACGAGGACGACAACGCCAGCCCCGUGCUCGAGACGACAACGCCGACCUACAAUCUGGAAGGCGAUGAGUUUCGGAAUGUCUGGGGCGCUGGUCAGCCGGGGCAAUAG